AUGGAGUUUGAUGGUGAACAAAGUCAAAUUGAUUUUAUGGUAAAAAGGGAGGUUGAACGUCAAGUAAAUAUACAAAAAAAAAAAGAUCAUAAAGAUUUGGGUGCAGCUGAUAAUGAGAAAGUCGACUAUUUUCAGAAAAUAUUUAACGAAAAGUAUUAUGAGAUAUUUAACUUAAUAACCAACACUAAAAACUUAUCCAAAUCAGAUUUGCCUGAUUAUUUUAAUAACAUUUCAAAUGAUAUCCUAACCUUACAAAAAUAUGUAGCUGCUUCAAGCCUGUUUUUACGUAACUAUGAUAUAAAAAAAUGCCAGCAGUCUCUGAAUGAUUUAACCAUAAAAUGUAAGCUCUUAGAGGAGGAGCUUUUACCCAAAAAAAGGUUUGGCUUUAAAAAUAAAACCAAACCCAAUAAAAUAGAUGCAAAUAGCCAUACUAAAAUUGACGUUGUAGACUCCAAAAACGAUAAAAUCAUCGAUUUUAAGGCGAAUUUUUGCGGUUACCACGACAAAAAGUCCGUUAAAUUGUGCCUUAGAAGCGACGAAAUCUACAAAAAAGACGUAACACUGGAAAAUCUGGAAGAUUGCCAAAUUACUUUACUAGGAACUCCAUCAACGUUACAUUUAAAUCAUAUAAAAGAUUGUACGAUUUUAUCAGGGCCGGUUUCUACCUCGAUUUUCAUAGAAAAUUGCGAAAACUCAAAUUUAAGUAUUGCCUGUCAACAGUUACGACUACAUAGUUCAAAGAAUGUUACUAUUUUUCUACAUGUCACAAGUAGGGCUAUUAUGGAGGACUGUACAGAUAUUAUUUUUGGCCCUUAUAAUUUUCACUACCAAGACAAAGAAAGCGAUUUUGCACAUGCUGGUUUAGAUCUAAAUAUUAAUAACUGGAAAUCUAUAGAUGAUUUUAAUUGGUUGAAUAUUGAUAAACCAUCACCUAACUGGAGGCUUUUUGAACCACCUGAUGAUUAA